AGACCAAAGAACUGAAAUGGCGGAAAAGCCAGAGGCUCCGAUUGACGCCGCGAAAGAAGCCGUUAUCUUCAUAUCUGACGACGAUCAUGACAAGUCCAAGUCCCGCACUAGGCCUCGUCCAGCAGUCUCUACCGGCCUCAGCAGUAUCCUCAGCGUCAGUGACAGUGACAGCGACGUCAAACUUGAGGAGAUUCUAAGCUCUGUAAGCUCUAACCCGAAGACGAGCAGCUCUAAGAAACCCACCCAGGCGAAGACACCACCACGUCCAGCCCGAGUCACAUCCAAGACUCGCGGUCGCUCUAUCGCCGACUGUUUCUUCCCUGAGACGACCUCGGAUCCAGCUCCCAAGCGUCGUGCAACAGCUACAGCUGCAUCGGCCCCUAGAACGCCACCAACGAACCUGUCAGGCGACCUGAAGCCCAUCACGCCUUCGUCGACACUAAAGUCGUCUAUGAAUGCGUCGCUGGUGUUCGAUAUGGUCACUACACUAAGUACGAACGAUCCAGGCGUAGCUAUCGCUACGCUUCGUAGCAUUGUGGUGCUCGGGAAAGAGUAUCCAUCAGAUUUACUUUAUGCUGAGCUCAUCGACCGCAUCCAGAGCCACGAAGCCAUCGCGUACAAUGACGCUUUGGCCAUCUACGCAGCACUAGUGUUUGUGUUUGACAAGGCGGCGUCAUGCAGCUGUGCACUGACAUUCCCGAACCAAUGGGAGCCGCUCGCGACGGCUCUGCAAGAAGUGAGCGGGAAUGGUCGAGUUGGGGACGACGGAGAGCCCAAAAAGGACGAGAGCUGGCGUCGCAACUUGCUGGUGAUGCAGUUUUUCAUCUACUGCUUCCAGCAAGAUUUGUAUGCUUGUCGGUCGAGAUAUGAGCGUCUCGAAGGGAAGUCGUGGGUGUUCCGAACGCGGCUCUUUUCUCUGCUACAGAGCGAUAACAUCAGUGCGAAAGCACGUGCCAAGUCGCGUGCCAAGGCCACCAAGAUGCGUAAUAACAACUUCAUUUUCCAAGCUAUUAGCUGGGGGCUACAGCUGUGGAAGCGUGUGUACGACGAAGACAAGAAGAAGAAAAAGAAAGCCAGCGACGAGAAUGAAGACACUAACUUGUUUAUUCAACAAGAAGGCGAGCAGGCUUGCUUGGCAGUGGUUCGUCUGAUCGAGAUGCUGUAUCUGUGUACGGAUCAGCAAGUUAAUGCUCUCCAGCGAAUCCAGGCCGGUCUGGGGGACCUGCAGCAGCCCACGCGCGUCAAAUUUUCGCAAACUCUACAGUCUCCUGCUCUUCGGACGCAGUUGGCGACAACUAUGAUCGGGCUGUCCAACAAGUCACGAAGUAAGGAAACGGAGUGGUAUGAGUGUAAUGCUCUCGGUCGGGUCCAGCUUGCAAUGAAUCCAGAAUCCAACAGUGACGUGGCGCACACUGACGGCUACUCGUGGUCGCACCUUGACAGCUUUAUUAAUCAGAAGCCACAAAGCAACCUGACGAAGCUACUCCAAGAGAUCUCGCGUAUGCAAAACGACUAGAUUCGAAGAUGUUUAUGGUAAUCUAUACUGCUUUCUUUUUUU